CGUGUCGCCUCUGAGAGACACAUAGUGAUACAAGAACUGGGAGGCGGCUCCAGAGCGGACCUUGGGGAACCUGGUGCACAGCUCGCCAGCCAGUCGCGGUCCCCGCGGCCCGCCGAGGCUCGGAGUCAUCCAGCAACGCGGCGAGCGGCCUCAGGCCCCGCCAUGGGGAAGACCAACAGCAAGCUGGCCCCAGAGGUGCUGGAGGACCUGGUUCAGAACACGGAGUUCAGUGAACAGGAGCUGAAGCAGUGGUACAAGGGCUUCCUGAAGGACUGCCCCAGCGGCAUCCUCAACCUGGAGGAGUUCCAGCAGCUCUACAUCAAGUUCUUCCCUUACGGCGAUGCCUCCAAGUUUGCGCAGCACGCUUUCCGCACCUUCGACAAGAACGGCGAUGGCACCAUCGACUUCCGGGAGUUCAUCUGCGCCCUUUCGGUCACCUCCCGCGGCAGCUUCGAGCAGAAACUCAACUGGGCCUUUGAGAUGUACGACCUGGACGGCGACGGGCGCAUCACGCGCCUCGAGAUGCUGGAGAUCAUCGAGGCUAUAUACAAGAUGGUGGGCACCGUGAUCAUGAUGCGCAUGAACCAGGAUGGGCUCACACCCCAGCAGCGUGUGGACAAGAUCUUCAAGAAAAUGGACCAGGAUAAGGAUGACCAGAUUACGCUGGAGGAGUUCAAGGAGGCGGCCAAGAGUGACCCAUCCAUUGUGCUGCUGCUGCAGUGUGACAUGCAGAAGUAGAGGCUGGUGAGGGGCAGGGCCUCUGGCCAGGAGGGGUGUGGCCACCUCCCGACCUGAUGACCUCUCUACCUGGCCCUUCCCCAGGGGGAGGGGUACUCCAGCCUCACUCUCUGGCUCACCCAACCCUCUGCCCAAGCCCUUGCUCCCCUCAAUCAAGGUCCUUGAGGGACCACCUCACCCUGGAAAAGAGACAGAUCCUCAGGUAUCCUGUUGUCUAGCCCCAUCCCCAGUCUUGGCCCAGAACCAAGACCCACUGGGCAUAGGGGAGUUGGCUUUUGCCCCAAGAGGCAGGGUUUAGGAGGGGGGCUGAGGUUCUGCUUUGAAAUUCUGUUCUUCCUGGGGUUAUGCUUUAUAGGAUUGGUCCCAUAGACCUCAGUUAAAGGGCCAAAUUGGGUCUGUUCUUUGCUGAGGACCCAGAUCCCUUAAAGGUGGUCUCUGCCCUGCUCCCUUGACUCUACCUGGCCCCUCUGGCCCCAGCCUUUGGAGCAUUUAUUCAGUCCUUUCUUCAGCUAACGUUUAUUGAGCACCUGUCCAGUGCCAGGCACCUCUAGGUGCUAAGGAUAUGGUAGUUUACAAGACAUGUUCCAUGCCUUCUGGAAGCUCAUAGGGUAGUGAGGCAAACUUCCAGUGGUCAGAAUCUCAGAUGGGGACAUCGAGCACAGUUGAGCAGAAAGUGUGGCAAGGCUGGUUAAGAGGAACUAUUAAAUCUUUCAGCUCAGUGCCACACAGAGCUACAGAAGGAUGAAAUGAAUAGCGUUUGGCAGUCUAGGAACCAGGUGAGUGGCAGUUUUACGAGAAAUUGAAAUUUAUGUAAUACUUAUUUUUUUAGUACCCUUUAAAAGAGCUAAAGUCAUUUCAUUAGUUUAGGAUAUUAAAACAUACUUUAUAUUACUUGGUUUCUUGUAAAAUGAUUAAAUGAAUAUAGAAAAUGCUAAUUUUCUGGGGGAAAAAAGAGCUGA